UCUCUCUCUCUCUCUCUCUCUCUCCGUCUCUUUCUAGCUAUCCGUCCCUCUCGGAUAUUAACCCCGGUGUAUCAAACGUGUAGUACGUGCCAGGGCGACGUGUAAUAUGCGUCAGCGACGGCGUACGUCACGCGUCACCGUCCCGUGACAUUAGGACGUUGGUCGUCGUGUGUACGCGCGCGCUCUCUCUCUCUCCCUCCCUCUUCCUCUCUCUCUCUUUCUCUCGCGGUACGAGAGAGCCUCGGGACGGAGUACGCAGGAAAGACAAGUGGACAGUCAGUCAGUCAGUCAGUCAGGUAGACCGAGGUAGAGGAGACGGGAGCGGAUCCCGCUGGCAGGUCUCUCGGCGCGGCCAUUUUUCCACACCGCACGAUGCGGCAACCGUGCGUGCCCGUUCGAUCCGCCAUUCUAAACAAUCGGCGCGCUACGUGCACUCGUCGCAGGAUGCAUCUGACAACGGCAGAUCGCGGAGGCACCGCCGUGCCGCGACGACAACGAUAAGCGCCGCGCUGCGCCAGCCAACCGACGAGCCAGCCAGCCAGCCAGCCAGCCAGCCGACCAGCCAGCCGACCGACCGACCGACCGACCGACCGACCAGACGGACGGACGGAUCAACGCACGCACGCAUGUACGCGCAAGACGCGCUGCCCCGCACACGUUAAGGCGGUGCGCUGCCGAUUCGAGACGUUGCGAGAGACGACGUGACGUCGCGAGGACGAGACGACGACGGAGCGGCAGUGCUGGAGGUGGUGGACGACGCCAACGUCGUCUCGCCAACGAACGUCGACGGCGACGACAACGGUGGCGAGGAGGAAGAGGAGGAAGCGAGGAGGCGGGGAAGGAGGAGGCGGUGGAGUGGAAGAAGGAGGAAGAGGGACGUGAUCGUGACGAUAACGCGAGGAGGAUGAUAACGGUAGCGCGCGCGACCACAAUCGCAACGUGGACGACGGCCGCGACGACCAACGGAAGGAAGACGGAACGGGAGACGGAGCGUAUGAUCAAUCACCCCGCCAUGCGCCGCGAGCUUCCCGAGCCUCUCGUGCUUCGUGCGUGCCCGUGAUUCGCGAUUGUGCGAAUACAGCGAAGGAGAGGAGAGAGAUAUAGCGUGCGAAACCGUCGGACGUUAAAUAGCGCGUGCGUGCGCGUGUGUGCGUGCGUGCGUGCGUGUGUCAACGGUGGUGCGCGUCCACUACUCCAGCCUUCUUACGUGCACGUUGGUACUCCGAGUGUGUACUCGCCGAUCUUGGGCGACCGUCUCGUCCGUAAAGUGCUCCACCUCGGUGUGUGUGUGUAUGUGUGUGUGUGUCUCUCUCUUUCUAUUCCCCUGUCCAUCUGUCUGUGUCUCUCUUUCUCUAUCUCUCUCUCUAUCUAUCUAUCUAUCUAUCUAUCUAUCUAUCUAUCUCGUCUCUGCCCUACGUGCGUGUUUCUCGCGUGCUUCCUCGCCACACGCAUCCGGGACUCUUCUUCGACCAGCGCGCACGAUCGAUGUGACAUCGCGGCCUCUCUCGUGCUGGCGGUAUCGCGGCCACGCAUCGCGUCGAGAGGAACUCGUUGGACGGGCGCAGGAAAGGAGUAUCGCGGAGGCCAGCGUGUGUACAUACGUGCGACAGAGUGCAUGCCGACAGUAAGUCGUCUCGCGAGUGCGUAUCCCGAGGCAGUGUAGCGCGCGCUCUCUCUCUCUCUCUCCCUCCCUCUUCCUCUGUCUCUUUCUCUCUCGCUCUCUCUGCCCUGUUCAUUCCCCUGUUCGUUUCUCUUCCUACCUACUCGCCUUUGCUCGUUUCCUCUAAUACUCUGCGUCCCCUCGUCUUCCUUUCUUCCCUCACCCUCCUCUCGUCCUUUCCCCGUCUUCUCUCCCUCUCUCUCUCCCCGUCUCGCUUUUCUUUCUCUCGCUCCCUCUCCGCUCUCUUGCCAUCGGUCGAGACGACCAUAGAAUGCACGACGACAACGCUGCUACGAUCAUCGUUGCUGUCGUCUGCUCUUGUACUCCCUUUGUCGUCGUCAUCGUCCCGUGCGUCACCUUCCUCCGCGUCAUCCCACGUCUACGUCUACGUUGACCACGAGGCCGCGCCGCGGGUGAUAUCGGAGAUAUCGGCUACGAGAUAUCGGACGUUUCAGUGAAGUGCCGAGGAGGUGGUCGCGCGAAGAUGGAGAUCGAGGCGAAGCAGCGUAGCCAGAAGAACCGACGACGGGAGCGGGCGCAGCGCAUGCUGGCGCAGAGGGAGAGCCUGGCCACCGCGAAGCAACAGCAACAGCAGCAGCAACAGUCGCAGCAGUCGCGGCAACGGCCGCCGAACGACGAGGAGGACAGCCACAGCGGCGAGGACGAGGACCCCGCCGGCGGCGGCGGCGGCCUCGGUGCCAAGACCGGUCAUCCGCGAGACGGACACUCGCGGCCGCCCAGGCCACCGCGACCCCCGAGGCCUCGCAAGAAGUCUUCCCUCGCGGCCGCCAACCAAAAGGAGCCACCCUUCGAGGAGGACAUUAUCGACGGAUUCGCUAUCCUCGCUUUCCGCACGUACGAGGAUCUCGAGAGUGCAAUAAAGUUAGCUGGUAAAAAUAAUGUCAAGAAGCUGCAUACAUUGUUGUCGAUAGUGGAAGAAAAACCAAAAGUGGAUACAGGACAGAAUAACAGGCACAACGAGCACCACAUCAAAAAUAAUUUCAAACACAACCAUUACACACAUAAUUCCAUACUGACACCCUCGACGUUAAACCAGGGCCUAGAUGCAGGUACAAGUGACGAUAGUGGUAGAGCAUCUGAACAAUUGCACGGCCCUGGUAUACCUAGGGAUUGCCAGGACGCAGACAGUUCCAGGGACCAUCUCAGCGAUGCUAGCAGUCAUUGCAGUUCGGGUAAAGGUUAUAUCUGUGAUAGUGAAGGAGAAGACGAUAAGGGCUCGGAUGCCGAAUCGAUACUCUUUGAAUCUUCUACCCCACCACCUCUUGCACGUAAAUACGAAUUGCCCUCUUCUUCGCCACACGUUUUGCCACCCGCAAACGGGGCAGGUGGAUCUCCACCGGAUACGGGUGGGCAAAUUUCUAAUCCAGCAACGGAUGCUCCGGCACCUAUACCGCCUCCUGUGCCUGCAUCUGCACCAGUUCCAACAGCGCCGAGUCCUCCCAGUCCAACGUUGCCUCCACACAUAUCCCAGCCUCCUAUGACUAGUCCUUUGGCAGCGAAUCCACGUGCAAUAGCUCCGCAACAGCGGCCAGCUUCCCCUGCUCUGCCACCACCUUCCCUGUCCCAGCAGCCACAUACUACGAUACCUGCAUUACAUCCACCUAAUGUGCCCCUCGUCUCGUCAAGUCAUACAACUAGUCCAGCGGUAGCCAGUUUAGGUGUCACGCCAGCAGCACCUUCGAACGGAGCGGCUACCACGAGUUAUCCACCGCCAAUUCCUAUAGCUGCGUAUCCGCAGACGCAACCAUCGUAUCCACCGCUCUACACUCCGUAUACUGCUUUAAAUCAUAGCCCGUAUCUUCCUCCUGCGGUACCAUCUCCUUCUCAUUCUGCUUCAUCACGCGCAGAUGUGAGAGGAAGUAGAGCUUCUCCCUGUACCAACAUAAAUAAACAGACCAUAGGAAAUAACCUUGCGAGUCAUAAUAAUACUCCAUUGAGCGCUGCCACUACGACAUGCGUGUCCACCAUAACUAAUACAGUUACCACGGCAAAUUCUAUCGCCCAUAGAGACAUGGUAGCCUGUAGUCUGUCCGGACGGAAUAAUAAUUCUCCACGUGGACACAGUCCUAGUCGGGAAAGAGAUAGUUACAGCAGCAACGUGAGUAGUCUAAGUCGCGGCAGCAUAACGCCUGUUAGUGUGCCAAACACCUCCUCUCCAGCCAAUUCUAGUCUACCUGCAUACACCAAACCACAAGGUUGGAUUAGCAGCAACACGGCUUCUCAGCUAUCUCCGGCAACAGCUACAUCUGUUCCGAGGCCAACUCCGCCACCGGUACCACUAGGUAUACACACAUUUCCACCACCGAUGUUUGCGGCGCCUUUACCACCACCUGUGUCCAGUUCAAGCCCGCAUACUUCACUGUCUUCGCUUCCUCCAUCGACGACCAAUCCAAAUCCGUUUUCCGCGGAGUCUCUGUUUCAAACAAAAGGGGUGACACAUGUUGCAGGUCAAGCAGAUCUCUUGAGGAGAGAACUUGAUAAUAGGUUCUUAGCGUCUCAGGAUAGAAAUGUUGGAGUGGGAAAUUUGGGUCCACCGGCAUACCUUCGAACAGAAAUGCAUCAUCAUCAGCAUCAGCACACACAUGUACAUCAACAUACAACACCGUUACUGCCACCGGCUGCAGCAACAACACUUUUUCCACCUCCAAUUUUUAAGGAUAUACCAAAAUUGGGAGGAGUUGAGUCGCCAUUUUUUCGUGGAAAUUUAAAUCUUUCCGGUUAUUCCGGUUUUAAUACUGGCCUUCUUCAUCCUGGAAUUGGUCCGCCUUCGACACCCUUCGUGCCACCUAAUCAUUUAACUUCAUUUGCGCCAAAGAAAAGUGGAAAAUGGAAUGCGAUGCACGUACGCAUUGCGUGGGAAAUUUAUCAUCAUCAACAAAAGCAACAGGCUGAAGCUAAGGCAGGAAGUGUUGUUAGUACAAAAACUGAGUUAUUAAGACCACCAGGCCAUCUUUAUCCAGGGGGACCAGGCAGUGGUCUUGGACUUGGUGCACCAUCAAUGGCACCCCCAUUUCCCACUAACAUGCCAUCUGCGCAUCCUCCACCCCCACCUCAUCCUGUUGGUUUUCUAUCUACACCAGCUUCACAUUUAGGUAAUAGAGGAACAGGAAUGUCUCCUUUUGGAAGAUAUCCUUCAACGUUCGGUCCGUCGAAUCCCAAUUUUCCGGGUCUUUCAACCUUUCCGCCAAGAGAAAUGCCACCUCUGGGUGGACUUAGUUCGGUACAUGAUCCAUGGCGAGGAUUACAACGUGCUACUACCGGAUUUCCACCGACCACUGUUUCGUGGGGUUUGAAACCGGAACCACCUACGAUAGACAGGCGCGCCGAGUUGGAAGAACGGGAACGUGAACGCGAGCGGGAAAGAGAGCGCGAACGGGAGCGUGAACGUGCCGAACGGGAACGCGAGCGUAUCAGACGCGAGAGAGAAAGGGAAAGGGAGAGAGAAGAACAACGCGAGAGAGAAAGACGGGAACGCGAAAAAGAGGAGAAGAGGAAACAACAGGAAGCGGCAGCCGAACGAGAACGAGAGAGGCGGGAUAAGGAACGCCGUGAGAUGGAAAGACGUGAGAUGGAGCGCGAAAGACUACUUCAUCAAAAUCGGCAACACAUGAUUGUUCCUCGAGAUCGUUCACCACUUAGAAACGGCUCGACGCCUUUGGAUACCGGAGAAGUGCGCAUAAAAGAGGAGCCACGCAGUAAAGACGACGAGAUUGUAAUGCUUCCACGACCACCGGUACCCGGUCCCGGAACGACCGGGUCCGCGCCAGGACCAAAUCCACUGCCCGAUCCGAGAUAUCAUCCGCAUCCGCAUACUUAUCUCUCGAGGCAUCCACAUAGUAUGCCGGCUUCGCAUUCUAUGCCACGUAGUAACAUACUUCCCAGUUUAAGCGCACAUCCGAUGCAACAUUUUCCACCGCCAUCCGCGCCUGCUGGUCAACCGGGAGCUCCUUGGCCAGGUGAUCCCUUCCGGGAUUAUCGAUACGAUCCCUUGCAACAGUUACGAUACAAUCCAUUAAUGGCGGCGGCAUUCAGAGAGGAAGAAGAACGAGCGAAACUAUACGCCAGUUAUCCUCCUCCACCGGUGAAUGCUCUCAGGAGUAAGGAUCCUAGUCCAGGUCCGCUCAGCAAUUUGCAUAUGCAUCAUAGAGCAGGGCCCGGCCCAGGAGUACCGACGCGUCCACUCGAAAAUACCAUUAUGCACGCGGAUAUUCACAAGAAGGAAGAUGGAUCACAGUCCCGAUGAUAUAUUGUUUCAGCGUCCUCGGUUUCUGCGAGAGAACGCACUGACGGACCGACAUUUUAAGCGUCUCCAUCCUCCAUCUCCUUCCCCUCCCCCCUCCCCGUAGCGCUCGGAGUCCGGUGCUGAUAUUUUGCUAACAGAAAAAAAGCGCGUUAUCUGAAAAAAGAAAGUGUAUAUAGAUAUUAUAUAUGUAAUAUUUAUAGCUAUCUUAAGAGAGAGAAAAAUUACAAGAACGCGCGUAGAACUAUACGUAAGAAAACGUAACGAAGAUGCCUUGCUAAUAAUGCCACUGUACCACCUAUAACGGCAGCUAACGAUUAAUGUUUCACGAAAAAUAACUAUGGAAGGCGCACGGCAUCGCUAAUGUGUCACAAAUAAUCCUGCUGAUGUUUUGUGAUUUCUGCAGUUUCAGUGAUCUGACUGUUUAUAGUGAUAACAAGCCGUAAUCACGAUGAUGAUAACUAUGCGUACAGAUUAAAAAAGUAUCGUGUGUAAUAUUAAAAUAGUUAUUAUAGAAUGCGAGGCGAUGGUUAUAUAAAAAAGAAAAAAAAAGCAUUCAAGGAGAAAGAGUGGAUCUCUAUUAUUAUUCAAAAAUUAUUUAAUUAUUUAUUUAUUGCGGCGCGUAUAAACGAACUUGAAUCUCUACUGCUACAGGUGUACGAAUGCGGAUGUAAGAUUUGCCCUUAAUUUAAUUGAUGUAAUAUAAAAAUGAUCAAAUGUAUAAAUUUCACUUCUUAGAUUUUAAUUUGUAUAUUAGAGACAGUAGAGAAAAAAAGGAGAGAGGGCAUAUAUAAAGUGGAAAGUUCUUUGGCUUUCGAGCACGUGCUUUUUUCAUUUGCAUGCUGACUACAAUAGCACUCCGGUGCUUUCCUGUGAUAUAAAAAGAAAAAUGAUUCAAGAGUAGUAAAUUAUUUUUUAAUUUCCUAUAAAUCGUAACAAAUAGAGAUUUGACAAGUGCAAAUAAAUCAAACUAUCAAGAUAAAGUUACAGCGAUUAGAUAUUCUUUCGAAAAACACAGGAUGACGCUUAAUAUAAUAGCAGCUUGUGCGUGCCAAAAAGUUGCUUCAAUCAAAGAAUAUGUUCAUAAAGCCCGAUUUUUAUGUUUACAAGAUGAACUACGGAUAUUUUAUUUUCUUUUCUGAUCAUUAUCUCGAUUCUCAGCCAUAUGCGUCGUUGUGUUACCAGAAAGCCAAUAUAAGAUCUCUAAGUUCUGUGCCAUGGACCAGGUUACAUUCAAAUAUUCCUGGUACCUUAAAAAAAAAAA